GCAGUCAAAGUGGCCGAAGCCGCGGUGAAGGGACACCCCGGCAAAGGCAACUGGUGGGACUCGUGGUCCAAGGAGUGGGAGAAGGACCAGCAAGCGCAGAACUCCGGUCUGGACCGGCAGACCACGACGCUUCUCAAGGCCCUCACGAAGAUGGCCUUGCGGCACGAAGACGAGCUCUCCCGCGUCAGACCAGACUCGAACUUCAUGAUGUUCAUCGACGUGGAGGGCGAUCACAGUGUACUGCCGGUCUUGCAGCAAACAGCUGCCAACUGGCAAGAAGCUUUCAGUGCGGGCACCGUGACAACAUCGUUGCGGAUCAUGCUGUUUGUCGGGAUGAUGCAACAACUCCAGGCACGCCUCCAGGACUUGAUGUUGCAGAACCAGGAGCAGAUGGACCGCCUCAUGGCGGUGGGCUGGCUUCAGCAGGGCGCUACAGCGCUCAAUCCUGUAUGGCCGUACUACCGAUGGGAUGCAGCCACCAAGUCCCAGGUGAUAUCGGAACAAGCCCCGCUCACCCACGACCAGGUCCUUCACUGCGUGGAUGCGCUGCUCAAGACGGCUUGCAACCCGUUGGUGCUCCUGCGCUUUCGGGCAGCCAAGGAGAUGGAGGAGCCGGAGAGCGAAGUUGUUCCGUUCCUGGUAUCAGUGUCCCUUCGGGGGCAGCAGGCCCAGGAUUGCUUCACCGCCCUGACCACGCUUUCGCACAACGGCGUCUUGAAGCCCCCGGGUUUGCGCCUACGGCCCGAACGACUCCGCAAAGGCCCGAUGGCGGAGGCAGUCGAGGAAGCCACGUCAUGGACGGACUGGAAGCCGCGUCGGAACCGGCUUUUCAGUGGAUCGGUGCCCUCACUGGCCAACCACGGCUCUGCUAUGGUGCAGCAGAGGCAGCCAUCAGACUCGUUGCAAAGCCUGGUAGUCCUUUCCUUCCCGGUAGUGGAUGCUGGUGGGCUCGCUUCGCCGCUGCCAAUGGACUUGGCAGGACAGACCAUCGCGGUCCCCGUCUUUGAUGGUCCUGAGGGGAUUAGUACCAGUCAUCAGGCCUUCUAUGUGGCAUAUACCAUCAUACAUCAUGGUGAUACCACCACUGCAGGCCUGCUAAUGAGGUUGAUCUUCACUCCAUUAGGGUUAAUGACCUCCGCGGCCGAUGCACAGACUGCGGAGCAUCUUCUGAUCCAUGCGUUUCGUGCACUUCUGCCGGCAGAGGGUACAGUGACGUGCCCGCCGAACCUGGCUCUUGCAGCCCGGAAUGACAUCGUGGCGAUCGCCCAGGACUUGCUGAGCGAUGCUGCUUUGCCUGUUUUUCUGCGCUAUGCUGACGAGCUGGCACAUCAUCUCCAGGGCGAAACUCGGGUGACGUUUCCACCUCUGCCGAGGGCUGCAACUGAGUCCAGCACGCCUGCCGAGGCAUGUGCUGAGGCACAUCUUCUGGAAGGCUCUGGUGCUCUUUGGACAGCGAUCAGACAGGUUGCAACUUUACUGCCGUUUCGUGACGACCGGCGACCACAUGGCAAUGGGCGCAUGAUUGCCUUCGGUGCCUUCAACAAGGGCGGCUUGUUGGGCAUCCACAAGCACACGACCUGUCAUCAGGCGGUAUGCACACUGCUCAAUGCGGCGGUGCGCGCUGUCUCGGCGCAGCACUGUUGGACUACGCUUGUGCUCACCUACAAUAGCCACACCACUCCCCACUACGACAAAGGGAACUGCGAGGGGGUCACUGCUGCAAUGGCCUCCGCG